GAUCUUUAGCACCAAUCCUUUAUCGUGACCAUCUGAUAUCGUUGACCAAGUCAUGGAGAGCGCCGAAGAGUUCGCAAAGAAGACCUUUGACUACAUCGUCGUCGGCGGAGGCCUCGUUGGCCUGGCACUUGCAACCCUGUUGGCUCGUGAUACCGCUGUCUCCGUCGGUGUUAUCGAAGCUGGUUCUAAGAAAGAUGACGAAACUAUAACGAUACCUGGCAUGGUUGCGAGAAGGCUCGGUGAUCCCGAGUACGACUGGGCACUAAAGACAACCCCGCAGAAGAAUGCCGACAAUCGUGAGAUGGCUAUUCAUAGAGGAAAGAUGCUAGGUGGAUCCGGCGGUUUGCAUUUCAUGAUCUUUACGAGAGGGUCUCGUGUAGAGUACGAUGGCUGGGAGAAGCUGGGAGUGAAAGGCUGGGGGUGGAAUGCCAUGCGUUCAGCCAUUGAUGCCUCCGAGGUGUGGACGCCACCGACGCAGAGCGCUGCGGCACAUCAUGCAGAUGCAGUCGCAGAGAGCCACGGGAAGGACGGAUAUAUCAAAACGUUCGCUUUUCCGGAACACUCGGAUCUCGUUCACCCAUACGUGAGCACGCUGAACGAGCUUGGCAUACCUACCAACAAGUCAGACUCCUCUGGUAACAACAUCGGCGUAUGGAGUGCAACGGGUUCCAUCGAUCCAAUUACAAAGGAGCGGAGCUGGAGCCCCAAUGCAUAUUACGAGAAGGUAUCCCAUCAAACCAAUAUAACGGUCCUGACGGGAGCGCGUGCCCAUCGAGUGCUCUUGAGCGACGGAGAGGGCGUCGACGUACGAGCAAUUGGCGUCAAGUAUUCCGUCGGCGGCCAAAAGUACACCGUCAAUGUUUCUCGCGAAGUCGUUUUAUCAGCAGGCGCACUGCAGACUCCUCAGCUUCUGGAACUUUCAGGUAUUGGCAAUCCUAAAUUACUGCGCGAGCUCGGCAUCCCUGUACAUGUCGACUUGCCGGGUGUGGGCGAGAACUUCCAGGAACACUACUCACUCACCGUUCACGGCGAACUCAAAAGCGCAGAUCACAUCUCGCCCGAAGCGCUUUUCAACCCCGAAUUCGCCAAAGCCGAGCUUGACAAGUACCACAAGACAAAGACGGGCAUGUUCUCGACGCUCUUCGGCACUUUCUGCUUCGCCUCCGCGCGGCAGUUCAUCCCAGAGGCGACGUUCACUCGGCUCCUCGCUUCUCUAGACGAGGCGUUGCAAGCACCGGAGAUCCAGAGCUCGCCGUACAAGCCGUGGUACGACCUCCAGCGCGAGUUCCUCGUGCGCGAUGAGAUUGGCCAGAUCGAGAUUGCGUUCUCUCCUGCUUGGAUGCACGAGGGGUGUAAAAAGGAGAAGAGCCGUCAUUUUACUAUGGCGUUGUUCAUCCAGCGUCCUUGGAGCCGUGGCUACGUUCACGCCAAGUCCGCGAACAUCGAAGACCCGCCCGAAAUUGAGCCCAACACCCUCACGUCGCCUGCUGACAUAGACACGAUCAUACUCGUAGAGGCAAUCAAGUUCGCAAUGAAGAUCGCAUCGACCGGAAAGUUCGGCGACCUCGUCGAGGAGUUCCUGGUCCCGUCUCCGACUUCUACGGACGAGCAACUCGUGGAGUACGUCAAGAAGACCGUGCGCUGUGCCCUACACCCUGCUGGGUCGGCGGCUAUGCUGCCCCGUGGUGCACAAGGAGUUUUAGACGACGAACUCAAGGUCUAUGGAACAUCCAAUCUUCGAGUGGCCGACGCAAGUAUGUUCCCGACUGCGCUUGGAACGCAUCCCCAAGCUACCUUGUACGGCCUAGCACACCGCGCUGCAGACUUUAUCACCGGUCGUUAACAGAAUAUGUGCGCUUGUCUUGAGGGGGGCUUUUGUAUCGCUUGUUGUCAGCUUGUAUGUGUACCGCCGGUGUACGGCCCUGUAGAUAUGCAUGGUCUAUGUGAACAUGACACUACAGGCAAACCGCCUCAUUCUAGUGCCUAAAAUCAACAAGAAAAUGACCUGGAAUGGAAUCAUUUCCAGCAAUAUUUUCCCUUGUCGAAAAGACGUUAAAUAGUUUUCAUGUUCUAGCCGAUUUUCAGGCGGCGGAAAUCAGAUCCC